AUGGUGAGCAUCAACAAAAAGUGUCAUGAGAAGGUCCUCCCGAAGCGCAUCAUUUUGGUGCGACACGGGGAGAGCCUUGUGAACGAGGACGAGACGGUUCUCGAACACAUUCCCAACCACAAGAUCAAGCUGAGCCAAACGGGCCGCUCACAGGCCCAGAUAACGGCCUCUGAGAUCCUCGACAUCAUAUCCCCCGGCAGUCGCCUGCUUUUCUACGUCUCCCCUUCAUCUCGGACGAGGGAAACUGCUCAAGAGAUAGUCUCCCGAGUCCCGAAAGAGAGAGUUGGUGGAGUGCGAGAAGAGUGUCGGUUGAGGGAACAACAUUUCGGCAACUUCCAAGAGGUGGAGGAGAGGAGGAAGAUCAAAAGCACUCGCAAUACGUACGGGAAGUUCUUCUACCGAGUCCCCCAAGGAGAGUCCAGUGCAGAUGUUUACGAUAGGGUCUCUAGCUUCAUUGAAGGGCUAUGGAGGGACAUGGAGGGCAACAAACUCAAUUGUGAUGAUCAGGAGCUUAACUUGGUAGUGGUGUCACAUGGACUAACUAUUCUCCUAUUUCUCAUGAAAUGGUUCAACUGGACUGUUAAUGAGUUUGAGGCCUUAGCCAACCCGUCUAACUGUGAGUGCAGAGUAAUGCAACUCGGAGAAAACGGGGAAUAUAGCCUCGCUCUUCAUCACAAACCCGAGGACCUCAAACAAUGGGGACUUUCUGAAGAAAUGAUUCGUGACCAGAUGAUUCGUGCUUCCAAAUCAUAUUAA